AAUCCAAUACGCGUCGUUUAAGCAGAAAUACACUUGCAUGACGGAGAGAUUGUAAAGGACAGCAAAACGACGACGUUUGAACUCUAGCGGUUAACUUGGUUCCUUCCUCGUUCUCUCUGCAAACUAACACAGUUCAAUUACAAUAAAAAACUUCAAAUUCUCACAAUUCACAAACAAAUUCCGAUAACUGUUAGUAACAUUCUUCAAUGGACGUAAAGUCUUUGGCAAAAUCAAAGAGAGAUCACACACGGCAACAUAACAAAAAGCAUCACGGAAGCCACAAGCUCAAAGUUCAAUCUUCAGGCCCAGGCCCAAACCCAAACGACGCUGCAAAGGAGCCAUUUGGAAAGCAGCAACAAGUGAUCGAGAAGAAAACCAAUCGAUUUCGGUCUCAGGGUUCUUCUGCGCUUCCCGGUAAUUGGGACCGAUAUGAAGAAGAGGAAUUGGAUUCUGUCCCUGAAAGUUCAACCAAAACCCUAGAUGUUGUCGUUCCCAAAAGUAAAGGCGCUGAUUUUCGUUAUCUUGUUGCUGAGGCUCAGUCAAAUGCAGACAAAACUCUGGACGAUUUCCACGAACUUCUUCCUUGGGAAUUUGGUGUGGGAUUAAGCUCUAUACUUGAAGUAAGGGGAGAAGGCUUUGUGUCAUGGGUUGGAGAUGAUAAUUUUGUUGUACAAGAUAAGACUAGUGCAAAUCAGGAGGCAUCAUUUAUUUCCUUGAAUUUGCAUGCUAUUGCUGAAAAGCUUGCAAAAGUUGACUUAUCAAAGAGAUUAUUUAUUGAGUCUGACCUGAUACCCUCUGAGUUGCGCGUUGAAGACUUGACAGUGGACAUUGAUGAAGAACCUGAUGAACAGGAAACUACAGAGAACUGUGAACUAUCUGAGAGGAUGUCUAAAGAAUUAAAUUUAGAUGAUUUUGUAGCAGAUCAGUUUACUUCAUGUAGUUCUGGUAGCAGCAGCCAUCUUUCUUCUACUCCUGCCCUGUCUAAUGACAUUCUCAUUCCUGCAAACAACAUCAAUGGUGAAUUUCAGCAGGCUGGCAGUUCUGGUAAAAACAAAGCAUUUCAACCUAGUAUAGAUACUAAUUUUCAUUCCAAUGAAGAUACAGUCGAGAAACACACAACAUUUGAGGCAGCUGCUGCUGAAGAAGAACUGGAUAUGCUUCUAGAUUCACUUGAUGAGACCAAGUCCAGUGCCUCCUUUCCUGUUUCAUUGGGAGUCUCUUCAAUGGAUCUUCCUCAGAUUUCAAAUAAAAAGCCGGUUGGAACCAGAAUUGCAUCAAUUACUGCUAGUCUAGAUGACACACUUGACGACUUGCUAGAGGAAACAUCCACUUUGUUGAACCCAAAUGUUCUAUUACAGUCACAAGAUGAAAAGCCUGUCCACCACAGCAUGCUAUCUUCGCAUUCCCAAAACAAAUCACCAGUUUCUGAUGAUUUUGAUUCAUGGUUUGAUACACUUUGAUUAGUCAAAGUUCCAUAAUUCUUGCUAAUGUAUAAUGUGAUGCAUUCAUUGCUAUUUUUGAGAGUUGCCCUGGUUAAUGAAAAAUGGCUUUCUUCUUGAUCUUUAC